AUGACCGAGGCGGCCAAGAGUAUGGCGCGCAACUUUGAACGAACGCAACUCAAAAAGCUCGACGAAGCGGGUUGUUUGGACAUGGCAUGGCCUAUUAGCAUUACAGCUCAAACAGUGGGUUCAUCGGCAGAACAAAGUAUGCGUACGGGCAAUGAUGAGGACGAAAGUCAUAUUUGCACCAAAUUGAUUCAUUUCCAACGGCAUGGACAAGGCUAUCAUAACUUGAUUGGCGAAAUGUACCGUGAUUUUUUGGGAAGGCCCAUUGACUUGGAUGACAAGGACCCUGCCAUGAAUCCCUUUUUGAGAGAAGAAAUGCUGGAUGCGCCACUUACAGAAAAGGGCCGUCAAGAAUGUGCCGCGCGUCGCACACAGGGAGCCAUGCUGUCACCACAAGUGAUGAUUGUAUCCCCAUUGCUACGGGCUAUUCAGACGGCCAUGCUGAGUUUUGGAGAUCACGCGGAUACCGUAGACUGGAUCGCCCACGAGGGAGCUAGAGAACAAACCGGUUUGCUUCAGUGCAACAAACGAAGGACCCGCACCGAGGCAGCACAAGAAUUCCCCCAUGUCGACUUUUCCACGCUGCAAGAUGAUGACGAUGUCAUGUGGCAACCGGAUGCGAGAGAAUCGCCCAAAGAUGAAACGCAACGAAUCUACGAGUUUCUUACGGACUUUAUUAUGAAGAGACCCGAAGAUGAGUUGGCUAUUGUGGGUCAUUCUGCUUGGUUGUUUAGCAUGUGCAACGCCGUCAUUGACUGUGGCGAAGCACAGGAGUUGAGAUCUAUCUUUCAAACAUCGGAGAUCCGGACCAUGAGACUGUCAUUCUACAAGACGGAAGAGAGCCCCGCAUUGCAGUAG